AUGGAAUCUCUUCAUCUCAUCCAGCUCGUCAACGGCGCCUUCUCCGAGACCUACCGAGUAGAGCACCUUAACCUCGACUCCUCCUCGAGUAGUUCGAGUAAUCAACAACUGAGUAAUCAACCCAAAAAUCUGGAUCAACUGAAGUUGAUUGCCGGCGGCUAUUCCAGCUCCUACCGCGAGAGAAUUUGCGGCGCCGAGCCUCUCCAGGAACAGCCCCGAGGCGAUCUUCACCAGCUCAUUUCCGGCGGCUUAUCUGAAACUUACAGAGUCAACACCCUCGGGCAGCCGGAUUCCCUCCCCGAGGCGAAGGCCGAAGACUUGGAAAAACUCGACACGAGGCAUUUGGCCCUCAUCCACGGUGGACUAUCAGAUGAGUACAGAAAAAAGGCCUGCGGGCAUCCCCCGAAGCGAGAAUUCAAGAGAAACGAAGCGAAGAGUUCUAUUUUCGCCCCUUUCCGAGCAAGAUUAGGAAUCUAA